AUGGACACCUCGCAAGUCCGCAUACUCCCCAAGCUCGACAUCUCAGCAGGGCACAACUUCACUAAACCCAGCAAGCGGAUCAACGAAAGUCAAGAUGUAGCUGAAUUUCUAUCGUCAAAAGCUUACGUCGAUCUCAUGACCUUCCUCCUCCAGCUCAACCGCUCUCUAUUUCCGACAAAACUACCCGAUGGGCGGGUCCUAACUUGGGAGCUGAACAGCGAAGCCGUUGAAUACUCUGCGCCUGUGCGUCAGCUCCAGCAACUGCUCUCCAAACUCGAAGCGAUCCUCGACGAAGCGCCCCCCGACACUGGUCCGCGCAGGUUCGGCAAUAUUAGUUUCCGAAGAUGGUACGAGAUGGUUGAGAGUCGUGCUGCAAGUCUCUUGGAGGAGUGUCUGUCAAAGGAAAUUCUACAGAUGCCUUCAUCUGAUCCUGGUGCGCCGACGGCGGAGGUUGAGCUGCUGGCAUACUUUUUAGGGAGUUGGGGGAGUCCACAAAGGCUGGACUAUGGAACGGGGCAUGAACUGAGCUUUCUCGCCUUCCUGGCGGGUAUUUGGAAACUGCAUGGUUUUCCCGAGAAUAGCCCAGGUGUGGAGGAGAGGGCGAUCGUCUUGGGUGUGAUACAGCCAUAUCUGGAACUUGUCCGAACCAUUAUUAAGCGUUAUACCCUGGAACCCGCCGGUUCGCACGGCGUCUGGGGUCUAGACGACCACUCAUUCAUCCCGUACAUCUUCGGCUCUGCACAAUUGGCGCCCGCAAUCUCAGAAUCAGACCGCAUCCCGGAAGAAGGCUCGUUAUCCGAUGCACCUGCACCAGGUGGUGUCACUAAAGCAAAUGUGGUGGAACGAGAAAGGAAACACAACCUGUACUUCUCCGCAAUUGGCUUUAUCUACGACGUCAAGCGCGGCCCAUUCUGGGAGCAUAGCCCUAUGCUCUACGAUAUAUCCGGCAUUCAGGCUGGGUGGGCUAAGAUCAACAAGGGCAUGAUCAAGAUGUACAACGCCGAAGUACUCUCUAAGUUCCCAGUAGUCCAGCACUUUCCCUUCGGGUCAUUGUUCAGCUGGGAGCGUGACCCCAACGCUCCUUCUCCGGCAGCGGAUGCUCAUAUCGCCGCGACAACGCGGAGAACAGAUGAGGCAUCUACGAGCUCCUACCUUUACAGUCCCAAGUACAUCAAGGCAACAUCCUGGUCCUAUGGCUCCUACAAGGGCGCCUUGGGCAACAUCUCAACCAGGUGGACCGGCUCCCCCUGGCGAUUCUACGUCUGCAGGCCAUAUGCCAACGAAAGCUCCGUGGGCUAA